UUUUGUCCUUUAGUUGGGAACUCUGUCUAAUUUCCCAAUUAGACAUGGCUCUCCAACUUCUCGGCAGCCAAUUCCUACUGCUCUUUCUUCUCUGCUCUGUUGUUUCAGAGAUUUCUUCAACAGAGGUCUGCUCAAAUACCCUUCUACCAGGAUCAAAAGGUGAUGAUGGCGAGGUUGGCCAGGAGGGCGAACAGGGAAAGCAGGGAAAGGCAGGACCACCCGGAUGUCAAGGGUUGACUGGAGAGCUUGGGAGUAAAGGAGAAGCUGGACAGACAGGGAAGACCGGGCCAGCAGGAUACAAAGGGUGUGAGGGAGAUCUUGGUGCUAAGGGACCUUCAGGACUAAAAGGAAAGCAAGGUGCAACUUGUGACUGUGGGAGAUACCGAAAGGUUGUCGGCCAGAUGGACAUCAACAUCAACAAGCUAAAAAACGCCAUUAAAUUCCUAAAGAAUGUGAUCUUAGGCUUAAUGGAGACAGAGGAAAAGCUGUACCUGAUUGUCAGAGAGGCCCGAAAGUACCAAGAUGCUCUGGUCAACUGCAACCUACGGAGCGGCACCCUGGCCAUGCCCAAGAGUGAAGAGUCUAACUCAGUGUUAGCAGGCUAUGUCACUCAGGCUGGUCUGACCCGCGUAUUCAUAGGAUUACAGACCAGCGAAGAACCGGGCAUGGCUGUGUAUGCAGACCAGAGUCCCCUGCAGAACUACAGCGCCUGGGCGGCGGGGGAGCCGCAGGGAGUGGCCUCCAACAGCAGCUGUGUGGAGCUGAGCAGCGCAGGGCAGUGGAGCCAGGUGUCCUGCCAUGUCAGCAUGUUCUACGUGUGCGAGUUCAACAAGGACAUGCACGGCUCCCAUCACACUGAAGCUGUAACAACAAGGAGGGCUUAAUGAAGGAGGGCACUGCAGAGUUGUGUCACCUCAUAGCCACUCAUUAGUGUGUUUUCAGUUUUGUAUUCUUAUGCAUUCUUGUAUAUGUAGCACAGUCAUUACUCCCGCAAAAUUUUCAAACACUUCACAUUUUGCUAUGACUACUUAUGAGACACCAUAUAAUAUAACACAGCAAAGCUCCAUAACUGGACUUUAGUAUGCUGUUGAUUUUCUUGGGGGUGGAUAUAUGAUUUAUUAAAAGACCAUCCUAACACUUAAAUAAAUAAAAAUAAACUGACCACGUUACAAAGAAACACCUUUCUAACACUCUAGAAACUUUGAAGCCAUGAUACUCUUUUAUCCCCAACACUAAUGUAGAUACAUGCUGAUCUAGAACCUUUUUUUUUUCAAAACUAGGCUUUGAAAACCUAGACUGGCCUAAACCAGCUGUCAGUUCAGGCAAAAUUGGGUCCUUUCACAGAAGUUAUGAACCACUUAUGAACAGAGUGUUUUUAUGGAUAUAGUGACAUCAGAUGGAGGUUAAUUUCAUGCACUGUAAGUGACUCUCCGAAAUACUCGUCCCGUGCAUGCUGUAUGAAACCCCCACAUCCAGUCCUCACAACUUUUGUGCCCUACUAUGAACCCAAGAGCAAUAGGCCGUAUAUGUUCACACAGCUUUAUGUUGUCUGAUUCAUCAUCCAGUUAAACUGUUACAUUACUAACAGUACUACAACGUCAGAACUGCAACAAGGACACAGGGCUGCUGAAUUUCCUCUUCCAAAAGACAGCAAUUCAAAUCAGUAAUGCAUAUAUUAAUGUAGUGGAAGUACAUAAUACUGUUAAAUAGUUAUAGUUAAGGUAUUUGUCAGACACUUUUGUCCAAAGCGUAUUACAGAACAUAUUUAUAAAAAGAAAAAUGAAUAUAGCUCACAUCCUAUAACGGGAUCCAUAAAUAUGGCAUGCUUUAUAACUGUUGCAUCAACA